CUUGAUUGUGCGGAAGCAGGGAUACUUUGAGUUCCCUCAGGAACAUGAAGCUAAAUUCCUGUUACUGGCUCCGAAUUUUCUCUUUCCUAAAGAACUCUUGUUCAAAGAUUCCACAAUUCAAAAUGGCAUCAGACAAGAAGCUAGAAGUUCAAGAACAAGGGCUCUCUUCCGAGCGCGAAUCUGAUCUCGCCAUCUCGCAUGGCGAGGUAUUCGAUCGAGAAGACAUAAAAUCAACAGGUCUUCUAGGACGCUUGGUGUACUACGAAGAAUGGCUUGAUCGGAAACUUGGCUAUGGACUUUCUCUUACCCAAGCCAUCCUCAUCAUCAUAUUUGGCACAUUUCUCGGUUGCGCGGUUGCAGGAUGGUGUGCGACUCUUGGGCCCGGAACUGGACUCCGUCAAGUUGCUAUCUCAAGGUACAGCUUUGGAUGGUGGCCAUCAAAAAUCAUCGCGAUUCUCAACGUUGUUGAGCAAAUUGGGUGGGCCGCAGUCGGAUGCAUCACUGGCGGUCAAGCUCUUUCAGCGGUUUCGAAUUACACUGUCUCCGUGGUCUUGGGAAUUGUUAUCAUUAACAUCAUCAGUAUUGUAUUGAGCUUCGGCGGGUAUACUGCAAUCGUCAAAAUCGAAAACUACUUUUGGAUUGUUUUUUUCGUGAUCUUCUUGAUCAUAUAUGGAGAAGUUGGCGGGAAAGCAGAUCUCCAGUCACCAGCACAGGUCACGGGAAUGACACUUUCGGGCAAUGUUCUUUCGUGUAUCGCUAUUUUCUAUGGAGAUGGUGCCAGCUAUGCCUCAAUUAUUAGUGAUUACUACGUCAAUUAUCCAGCAAAUAUAUCGAAAAUGAAGGUCUGGCUUCUCACGACCUUUGGAAUCUUCAUACCUGUCACUUUUGGAAUUCUUCUUGGUAGCUUGGUUGGCUCAACGACUGGAGUUGAUACCAAUUGGGGACAGGCCUACGACAAUCAUGGAGUUGGAGGUCUUAUAUUGGCAAUGCUCUACCCCGCAGGUUUUGCAAAAUUCCUCUUGGUUCUGUUGUCACUUGGUGGAGUCGGCUUGAAUGUUAUUGCAAUUUACUCGAGUUCUCUAGCAAUUCAGCAAGCUGCGAAGCUUUUGCAGCGGGUCCCACGUUUCGUCUGGAGUCUAGUCACCUUUGCAUGCAUUCUUGUGCUUUCUGUUGGAGGGCGAGACAAAAUCAUUGACUUUCUUGAGAACUUUCUCUCCCUCCUCGGAUACUACAACACGGCUUUCGUUGCCAUCUUGGCUAUCGAGCAUUACUAUUUCAGAAACGGCAACUUGGCGAACUAUGACCUCGAUGGCUGGAAUACACCCUCAAGACUACCCAUUGGAUUCGCAGGGUUGACUUCAUUCUUGCUUGGUAUUGUUGGGGCUAUCUUAGGCAUGGUUGAGACAUACUACGUUGGAAUCAUCGCCAAGAUGAUCGGGGAAGAUGGUGGUGAUAUUGGAAAUGAGCUGGCGCUUGUCUUUACCGUCAUCUCGUACCCAACCCUGAGAAAACUCGAAUUGAAAUAUGUUGGACGUUAG